AUGUCAACGAACUCCAAGGCAUCAAAUUAUUUCUUCGUAUCGCUCGUAAGUGGUGGAUGUGCAGGUACUGCCACCGACUUGACGUUUUUUCCCAUCGAUACUUUAAAGACAAGACUACAAGCAUCUGGAGGCUUUUUCAACAAUGGUGGUUUUAGGGGGUUGUAUAAAGGUAUUGGAUCUGCAUUAGUAGGAUCGGCACCAUCGGCAUCUUUAUUUUUCAUCACAUAUGACACCAUGAAAAGAUAUCUUUACAGAGUUCUCCCUAGUCAUUUUUCGAAGGAAUCAACUGCAUUAACUGUGGCCCAUAUGAUCAGCUCGUCUAUGGGUGAAAUAGCAGCGUGCACAGUUCGAGUUCCAGUGGAGGUGAUCAAGCAGAGAACUCAGUCAAUGCAAUUUAAGACAUCAUGGGAAUCGUUUAAAUUCAUUGCAGGAAACAAGUCUGGUGAAGGUAUCUUAAAAGGGCUUUAUAGGGGUUACGGAACUACAAUUAUGCGUGAAAUUCCGUUUACGACUAUCGAAUUCCCCCUUUAUGAGGCAUUGAAGGCUGAAUGGGCAGAGAAAACGAACGUAAAGCAUUUGUCACCUGGAAAAGAUGCCGUUUGUGGGUCUAUUGCAGGGGGUAUAGCAGCUGCCAUUACAACGCCAUUAGAUGUCUUAAAAACCAGGCUUAUGCUAGAAAAGCAGCGGGUUCCUGUUUUCAAAAUGAUAAGCAGAAUGGUGCAAAAUGAAGGGUACAGCAUCUUUCUCAGUGGAAUCGUUCCAAGAACUAUGUGGAUUAGUGCAGGAGGUGCUGUCUUUUUAGGAGCCUAUGAGACUGUUAGUGCAUCCCUGAGAACUCUGUAUGAACUUGAUUAG